AUGGAAGUAGGACCAAGGCCCAUCGAGGAACAUGCAUGGAAAAAACAGCGACGGCGGCCUGUAUCAUACAGGACGCAAGCCAUGUCGGCGGCAACGACGCAAAGUCAUGAGUGGUACCACCAUCGGCGGUACGUCGUCGUCGUUGACGCAGGCUCAUCAGGAUCGCGCCUCAUGGUGUACUCUUGGCGGAAUGCUGCAUGGGAGCGAGACAUGCGUAUGGCGCAGGGUGAGCCACUUAAUGUGCUUCCGCAUCUAGAGCGGGGCAGUGGUCCCUCUGUAUCGGCACCGUGGCAGGUGAAAAUUGAGCCAGGCUUUUCGUCCUUUGCGGGACGCACACAAGACAUCCGAGGAUACGUGAACCAACUCCUCACUCAUGUCCGCUCUGUGGUUCCACCAAAUGCAUUACCACAAACACCCAUUUACAUUAUGGCGACAGCUGGCAUGCGAAUGCUCAAGCCUGAGGUGCGUCAGGCCAUUCUUCUCGAGACGUGCCGCGUGAUACGUGAACAGCCGUUCUACUUUGAUCCUGAUGUGCAAGACUAUGCGGGUGCCGAUACCGAUACAGCGUGUGGUGGACAUGUGCGCGUCAUCACGGGUGAAGAAGAGGGCAUGCUUGGCUGGCUUGCUGUCAACUAUCUUAUGCACGAAUUCGGCCCACAAGCAUCGACGGUGGGCUUCCUGGAUAUGGGCGGUGCGAGCUCGCAGAUUGCCUUUGUGCCAGACUCGCAUGAUCAGAACUCGCGCGACCUGUUCCAUGUCACGCUGCACCGUUUAGAUGCGUCUCUCGAUACGCACAAUGUGUUUGUCACGACAUUUCUUGGCUAUGGCACGAAUGCUGCGCGCACACGAUACCUAUAUGCGCUCUCCGAGCGUCUCGGAGCACCAAGGACGCUGCCGGAUCCAUGCCUGCCCAGGGGUCUGCGCAUACCCAUGGAGAAUGGGGCGAGCACCGUGCACGGCACGGGCUCGUAUGCCGAAUGCCUAGCAGCACAGCAAGUACUGCUAGAUCGACAGGCGACAUGCCCGCAGCAUCCGUGCCCUUUCCAUGGCGUGCAUGUGCCGCCGAUUGAUUUCCGCGACAAGCAGUUUGUUGGCGUGUCUGAGUACUGGUACAGCACCGAUGACGUGUUUCGCAUGGGCGGUGUGUACGAUCAUGAUCGAUUCCACAGGACGGCCAGCGACUUUUGUGCAUCUGACUGGACUCAGCUCGAGUCGAAAUGGCACGCUCACGAGUAUCCCGAGCAGGUGACCAACAGCCGAUUGCAGAUGCAGUGCUUCAAAUCGGCGUGGAUGUCGACGAUCCUGCAUGAGGGCUUCCAGCUACCGCGCGCAUCGAAUCUUACUACGUUUCAGAGUCUCAACAGUCUUCGUGGACUGAGUGUCAGCUGGACGUUGGGCAAGGCGCUCCUUGAGGCGAGUCGCGAUGCGUCUGCCCUCAAGCCGCUGCCCCCGGCGCCUUUCGACCCUGUUCCCUGGGCGCUUGGGCUGGGUGUGGGACUCGCUUUGUUCUUUGUCUGCCGAAGACUGUAUCGACGAGCCCACUGGAUGCGUCUAAGGGAUCAUGACCCGACGGAAGCGCACGACCUGACCGUCACGACCAUGACUCCUGACGACGACGCGCUCGCUUUGACGCCCUCACGCAGGCCCAGCGCCGUGCGCAUUGUCCCACGGCACUUGGCCUACGAGCGGCCCGAGCAGCUGGCAAGUGCCGGAUUCCCGUCCAUCUCCAAGGCAAAUGCUCACACUCUCGUGAAGCAAAUGGAUGCACCUGCCGCUGUGAUACCGACGGGCGUGUCGCGUACCAGCUCGCCAUCGUCGUUUUCGCCGCGAACGCCCACUUAUCGUCCUGAAGCAGCGUCUUCCGAUGCCUACGUGAUGUCAACCUCCGUCGCUUUGAGUCGCGCUCGCAGUCCUAUGCCUCCGUCGAGCCCUGCGAUACCCUCACCGUCCACGACUCCCUUCGACCAGGCCCGUGCCAGUCCCUCCCACCUCGGCACACCCACUAGUGCCACCGCACCCUUUUAUGCAGAGCUCCGCGGGCGUGUAUCUCCUGCGCCGCCAUGA